CGCAACUUUCCCAUCAUUCCCAUAAGGCCGUAAGCUUCUAUCUUUCCCUCUAUGGCAUGGCGCCAUAAACGCACCAUUCCCACAGCAAUUUCUCCAAAAGAGAUAACGUCUCUAUGAACUGUGGUGGACGGAGACGCAGAGCUUCUGCAAACAACAAUCGGGAUCUCAUUCUUCUACCUCGCUUCACUUUCUUACAAUUUUCUGCUUCUUUCCCCUUACCCGCAUGCAUUGUCUUUCGGAUGCGCAUUUGAUUUGUUCGUUGUGGGGGACUCCAGUUUCCUUCUACCCCUGAUCUGAUCUCUUCAUUUCUUUCUUCCCAUUUGGAUUUGGAUUCGGAUUUGGAUUCGGCCCUCAAUGGACGCUUCGGGGGAAGAGCUUUCGGAUUUGGAGCUUGAGAAUGAAGCGGAACAUUGCGGGGUAGAACAAGAACAAGAGCAAGAGCAAGAACCUGAAACUGUUGCUAUAAUGGACGCUGUCAAAGUUUUGUUGCAGGGUUUAGGGGAAGAUAUCAACAGAGAGGGCAUCAGAAAGACCCCUCUCCGCGUCGCCAAGGCCCUUAGAGAAGGAACAAGAGGCUACGGACAAACAGCGAAGGACAUUAUUCAAAGUGCUUUAUUUCCUGAAGCUGGAUUGCACAAUGGGGUUGAUCAGGCAGGAGGUGCAGGUGGGAUUGUGGUUGUUCGAGAUCUCGACUUCUUCUCAUAUUGUGAAUCAUGUUUGCUUCCAUUUCAAGUGAAAUGUCAUGUGGGCUAUGUUCCAUCUGGUCAGCGAGUUGUUGGGCUGAGCAAGCUCUCUCGAGUAGCAGACGUGUUUGCAAAGCGACUCCAAAAACCUCAGCGUCUGGCUGAUCAAAUUUGUUCAGCUCUGCACCAUGGUAUCAAACCAGGAGGUGUUGCUGUCACUCUUCAUUGUUCGCACGUUCAUUUCCCCAGCAUGGAGUCCGUCUUUCUCGACUCGAAAUACCCUGGAUGGGUCAAAGUGCAGGUUCAAUCCGGUUCCGGAGCUUUUGAAAACCAAGAUGCUGAUGUAUGGAUGGACUUCUUCAGUCUUUUGAAAUUUAGAGGCACAGAUCUGAGCAAAGCUGCUGGUGCGCCAAAUUUAGAUGCUCAAGUUUGGUGCCCAUCUCAUUUUUCCUCUUCUAAAUUCUCAACCAGAAUCGAAUCGGUGAAUCCAAGAAUGAUCGCUGCAGUGACAUCAAUUUUGAGGUCAUUAGGUGAAGACCCAUCAAGGAAAGAGCUUCUUGGAACACCUGGUCACUUUGUGAACUGGCUAAUGAGCUUCCACAACUGUAAUGUGGAUAUGAAGGUGGAUAUGAAGAAACUCAAUGGCUUUGCUAAUGGUAGAAUUCAUUGUGAACCCAACGACAAUGGUAACAACCUCUCUGAGAAACAGAUUCAAUCGGAGCUGAAUUUCUUGUUCUGGUCUCAAUGCGAGCAUCAUCUACUGCCCUUUUACGGUGUCGUGCAUAUAGGAUUUAUCAGAGUUGAUGGACUCACUCCCCUUGAGAAAUCACUUCUAAACCCAGUAAUACAUUUUUAUGGUCUUAAGCUUCAAGUUCAGGAGAGAAUGACCAGGCAGAUAGCAGAGACGGUGUCGUCGUUCUUAGGUGCAGACAUCAUAGUCGUUGUGGAGGCUAGUCAUACCUGUAUGAUGUCAAGAGGAAUCGAGAAGUUUGGUUGCACGACAGCCACAAUUGCUGCCCUUGGUCGGUUUUCAUCUGAUGCAGGUGCAAGAGCCAUGUUCUUGCAGACCAUUCCAAAAACUACCAUUGGAGAACUGUAAGAUUAAGUUUAUGAUUCUUAUCGUUUUUUGAUGUUCGGGAGGUCUUUACUCGAUGAUGUUGCGUCAAUAUCUUCUGUUUCCUCCCGAAAACUUUUCGUAAUGAACUCUUGGGUUGUGCCGAAGCCUUAGAACGAGAUUUAGAAGCUUUUGUCAACUUGGAAGUAGCAUCACACAUUUGAUUUGAAGAUGUGUUUUGUGGAUCAUAAUCCCAUUAAUACCAUAUUUAGUUGUUUUACGCCAAAGGAAUCCAAAAGGGAUACCGUUUAGUUUAUUUUGUUGAUUAUAUAGUACAGAGGAGCCCAGGAGUUGUAGCUUUCCACGGUUUCAAUGGCCAAUUUUGAUGCUAUUUCUUUACUAGGAUAUGUAUAUCAAUGAAACCUAUAUUUGUAUUGCAAUCCAAGAUUUAUUUUUACCACUA